AUGUUGGCCCUGGGGUUCGCUGCGGCAGCCGCCACCUCGGGCUCGCCGCCCAACCGCCGGAGUGGCGGGCCAGAUCUGCAGAAGCUUUCCACGGCGCGAGAGCGCCUCUUCGAGGCGGAGCUGGAGCUACAAGGCGCUCUCGCGCGAGAGGCGUCGAGGCCGGGUCCGCGGCCGGUGUCCAAGGCGCUGGACCGGCUCCAGUCGGUGCUCGUUGCGGCACUCGCCAGUCCCGACGAGGACGGCCUCUGCCGCCUCCACCACGCAGUCUUGGAGCAGGACGAGGACCGGGUAAAGUGCUUGGUCGGCGCGGGCGCCCAGACAGAGGUGGCGGCGGGCGAGGCGGGCGUGCUGCCGCUGCACCUCGCGGUCCUCGCCGGCGACGGCUCGCCCGGCUGCAUGCGCGAACUGCUCGCGGGCGGCGCCAAGGUGGACGCGCCCGACACGAACGGCGUCACCGCGCUGCAUGCCGCCUGCGGACUCAACCAGCCGCAGCUCACCUCGCUGCUGCUCGACGCCGGCGCCACGCCCGAGGCGCGAGGAGCGCACGGCGCCUCCCCCGACGCGCGUGACGAGCGGCUCCGCACCGCAUGCCAUGCCGCGGCCGCGCGGGACGCUUCCGAGGCGAUCGAGGCGCUCCACGAGCUUCUCCGCGCGGCGCCGCCUUCCGCCGCCCGCCAGCCCGACCUCGCCGGCCGCACCCCCCUCCACUUCGCUGCGGCGAGCGGGUCUGCACCUUGCGUCAAAGCGUUGCUCGCCGCGGGAGCCGCGCCCGCCGCAGCCUCCGCCAUCGGAUGGACGGCCCUGCACGAGGCGGCCAACGCCUCGCAGCCCGCCGCCGCCGCCGCGCUCCUCGCCGCCGGCGCCGAGAGCACCGCCGCCGCCGCGGGCGGUGCCACCCCCCUCCACCUCGCCGUCGAGCGGGUCGGCGUCGGCGUCGGCGGCUGCCGCUGCAAGUGGUGCCGCCGCCGCCGCAGCCGGCAGCUGCGGACCCUGCGGACGCUGCUGAGCGAGCUGAACGGUGGCGCGGACCAAGGGACGGCGGCGGGCACCACGCCGGCCCACAUCGCCGCGGCCCACGACUCGGUCGCCGCGCUGCGCCUGCUGCGCGCGCGCCGCUCGCCACUGUGGCGGCGCGACGCGUCUGGGAGGACGCCCCUUGACGUGGCGCGCGAGGCGCGGCGCGGCGCGUCGCGGUUCGUGCAGCGCCUGCUGCUCCUCGGCCAGCCGGCACCAACUUGA